UUCAUUGUUGAUUACUUUUUCUCACGUUUUGUCUUAAUGUAGGAGAUAAAAUACCAAAAAUACUCAUUCCACAAGUCAUGAACGGGUGUCCCCACUUGAGUGCGUUUAAAGCAUCCAAGGGGACAGCCCCUUUCCGUAUUAUUCACUCUAAUUUCGUCUUCUGCGCUACAAGCGAGACGAGAAAAAGGAAGGCACGGAUUUGUCUUUGUCACACUUGUCAUGAAGUCAAACCUCGGCUCCACUCCUGCCUCUACUGUGUUUUCUUCGGAUGUUAUGGUGCUAAGCAUAUACAUGAACAUGCCAGAGCAAAGAAGCACAAUCUUGCUCUUGAUCUAACCUAUGGUGCUGUAUAUUGUUUCUCCUGCAAGGACUAUGUCUAUGAUCGAGAAUUAGAUGAAAUGAACAAAGAACAGGAAUCACUAGCUUCAAAAUCACUUGGAGUUAAACUCUACCCGCUCACACCAUGGGAUCCAACUGAAACAGAAAUAGAACUGCUGCAUAGUCACAGAAAGAGGAGACGAGUCACUGGGCAAUCAACUAUAGGUUUACGAGGAUUGAUAAAUCUGGGAAACACAUGCUUUAUGAACUGUAUUGUCCAAGCACUGGUUCACACACCAUUGCUACGAGAUUUCUUCUUAGCUGAUCGCCACAACUGCCAAAUGUCUGAAAGGUCACGACAAUGUCUCGUUUGUGAAAUGUCGAGACUGUUUCAGGAGUUCUACUCAGGAGUUCGCACCCCUCAUAUUCCAUAUAGGUUACUGCAUCUUGUUUGGACCCAUGCCCGUCACUUGGCCGGAUAUGAGCAACAAGAUGCACAUGAAUUUCUCAUUGCGGCAUUAGAUGUACUUCAUCAGCAUUGUAAGGGGCAGAAUGGCAUAUCUUCCAAUAAUCCACAUCACUGUAACUGCAUCAUCGAUCAAAUCUUCACAGGUGGAUUACAGUCCGAUGUUACCUGUCAGUCUUGCAAUCACGUCUCCACCACCAUCGAUCCAUUCUGGGACAUCUCACUGGACCUUGGACCAACAGAAGCCAUCCCCACAAACAGUAACUACACUGGCUCUGGGUCUGAUUCCAAUGGAAGCUUUGCUAACCUUGAUGAGCCUACCUCACUAACAAUGUGCCUGAAAAGGUUUACAAGACCGGAACAUCUUGGUAGUUCUUCCAAAAUCAAAUGUAGUAAUUGCCAUAGUUAUCAGGAAUCCACCAAACAGCUGACCAUGAAGAAACUGCCAGUAGUUGCCUGCUUUCAUUUAAAGCGUUUUGAGCAUUCCACAGGAUAUCACAAAAAGAUCUCAACUUUUGUAUCUUUCCCUGAAGAACUCGAUAUGACACCGUUCAUGUCUUCCUCGAGAAGUAACAACAACGGCUUUGUCAAUCAGGUUAUUCAGGAAUCAGCCACAAGUCUUUCAUCUGAAAAUAAGUAUUCCCUCUUUGCCGUCGUGAAUCACAGUGGAACGAUUGAGUCUGGACAUUAUACUUGUUUCAUCAGACAACACAAGGACAUGUGGUUCAAGUGUGACGACCAUCUGAUCACAAAGGCAAAUGGAAUGGAUGUGCUCAAUAGUGAAGGGUAUCUGUUAUUUUAUCAUAAACAGAUUCUCGAGUACGAGUGACGUCUGCGCAUGUGCGCUGUUGCAGCUGUUGUUUGUGCAAUCUUCUGUGAUCAACUUCUUCAGUCAAGAUGAACUUUUCACCGUACUUGAGGAGGGCAUUGGAGGGAUUGGUAACUCUACCUUGACUCACACAAGAAAGCUUUCAGGCAGUGUUCUUGCCUUCUCUUGUCCCUGUUUACCUCAAAACGAUCUUCUACAUGUGUUGGUAAAAUUGGCAACUUGUACUGUCUAUGUUGUUAUUAAGGUACACUCAGUCAGCAAACUUUGAGAUGGUGGCUAAAUGAGUUUAUCAUUUUAAUGUUGGAACAACAAAGGCGGACCCCAUGAGUUGACCUUUUGCGUACUGUCCUUGCCUACAAGUAUUCUAUUUAGUACCAGAGUGCUUCCAUUAUUUUUAUCUUUCAUUUUUGUGUGGACUACCAUCCUAAAUUUUGCUUGACAGAACCAAGUCAAACAUUUAACAGUCAGGUUGACGGAUUUUGGUUCUACAGAAUUUCUGCUGGAAUUUCUACAUAGAGUUGUUUGUACCUGUAGAACGGUGAUAUAAUUGCCAGUGCUACAUUCUAACUAUGUUUGAUUUGAUCCUUGACUAUGGUCUAGCCCUUCUGUUGGUCCAAUCUUGCUAUAAGGCUGUGAGGACAUGGCAUUGUGGGGUUCUCAUUAUGCUAUGCAAUCCAAUUUUGCUAUCCAAGAAGAAUUCCAUUGCUAAUCCUCAACUGUGAAGAAUGCUGGGCAGAUACAAUGUACAUGUAUGCCGCCUUCUAAUUCAACAGAGAAUUAAGACUAGAAAACAAAUUUAAGUUUAAUGUGAUUCUUCCCUUGAUGGGUAUAGGGUUUUCUUUCCAUCCAGUAUUUCAAAAAGCUGAAACACAUCACAUUGUACAUUUGGCUGACAGUUUCACUAUUGAUACAUGUAGGAAAGGAUGUCGGAAUUUUGUCAAUCCGAUCUGAUGAGGUGUUAGAGGUAGGCAAACAUUUUCGCAAACAUUUAACUAGACAUUGUGAUCCGAUUUUUGCCUGUAUUUUUGAUUCGCAACUGCUCAAAAUAACUAUUUAUGUCUAUUUAUUGUUGGUGCAUAGUAGAUGUCGAUGUCUCAAAGUUUUUGUACUUGCUUGGUGAUAUAUUUUGCUCUUUUGUCCGCGGGUUGGACACUAAUGUAUGGUUGUGCAAAUUGCUAGCUUGUGAUGAUUACUAUGUGAGUAGAUAUUGAGUAAGACAAGUGUAUUAGGCUAGCAUGAAUGUUGUGACGUUUGUUCAGUUUAGCUGGAUGAUCAUUGCCUUUGCCGUCACCUCUGUAUGGUGAUGGAGGGAGGGUUAAUAGUAGUUGUGAAAGUUGUCUCUAUUUCAUUUUUUGAUGGCUUGGUGGUUAAAUUGUCUUCUUAGGAGAGAUUUAAAUGAGAGGUGGGAAUGAAAUCUGUAUGAAUAUCUGUCGUGGUAUCAGUCAGAUUUUUGCCAGAACAUGUUCUGCGCUUGCGGUAAAGGGCUCUACUGGUACUACAUGUACAUACUACAUGUACAUGUACAUGUAGGUGGAGUAUAACGUUUUUGAAAAUUUAUUUUGUUUUCAGUUGAUAUUUUUAUGCUUUAGUUAUUGUUAUAUGAAAUGAGUAAUCUACCUCAUUUUGUAUUGCUUUUAUAACUAACCCUGGAUAAAGCCUAAGAACUUGACAACUGCCUGUGCAUACUGUCCGUAUGUACAUGUUUUUUUGAGUGAUUUUGUUUGUAUUUAUCCCGUCAGAUGUUUGUAAUUCUCCAUACUGGUUGGUUUUGGUUUUGUUGGUUUGAAUCUGUUUUAAAAUGCCAACACAAAGGAUAACACUCAUAUUCGCUAAACAAUUUAACUGUUCAUAUCAGUGAGAAAUAUGUCGUCAUAUUAUUCUCAAACUAAAUUUGAAAAACUAAUCUAACAUUCAUUUUUGUUUUCUUUCCAAGUCUCGGAUUGGAAAAGGGCACUGUUCCUGGUGUGUGAGCCAUCUAAAGUGUGUAAAAUCCAAGUGACAAAUAGUAUUUACAUUAUAUUUCUAACCAAAUUGUUCAUAUUUCUCUUUACUUCUGAAACAUUGAUGAUUGAAUGGCUGACAACUUUUGUCAAGGUUGAGUUGUCCCACCGAUAUUUAAAAUUCUACCUUUGGCUAUUAAAAAUAUACUUAUAAAUGUCUAAGUGCAUGGAUUUCUUGUAUUCAUGGUAGACUGUAGCUGUGAAGUUGAAAGGUUUAGUGAAAUACAUAUCCUGCAGCUGUA